GGCCGACGCCAGGGCAUAAGGAUCGCAGCAAGCGCUUUCCAUUUUUAGCAAGAACAUCGGACAAACAAGCACAAGUGCAGCACUACGAUUUUUUUUUUCUUUCCAAGGGUGGCGCCACUUGUUCGAGCACUGGAAGUAGACUGCAGCCAGGACGAUACUGCGUAGUAUAAACAUAUCCGACCAGACUAUCGCUUCCUUCCCGUGUACACUUUUUGAAAAAUAUCAUCGGAUAAUAUUUUUACCCACACAAGAACAUCGAUCGAGCACCUCUCACGCAUAACAUAAUGUAGUCGUGAAGAUCUUUUCUAUUUUUGUGCCGUUUCGUAAACCUACAAGCCUGCCACCGCACUGUACUCUAGUGUACUUAUCGCGAUGCGGAUAUUAGGCCUUUUUUGAUCAACAUAUUUCCGCCCGCCUCACCGUGUUUUUAAUACCCGCGUGCUUUUGUCAUUCAGUGCGUACAGAAGUAUCGCCGCGGGGACUAAAAAGUUCGGUGUAGUAGAAAAAUCCGCCCCCCCCAUACUUGUCG